UUGUCGAUCCAACAGUUGCGGGGACAGAGAUGUCGAGUGAUUUUUUUCGACGUGCGAGUGUUACCAGUCGGUGUGUUGCGGGGAGGUCUCCUUUGAGGGCGAAGGCGUUAUGAUGGAGUUCUCCGGAGACAACCCAGAGAAGCUGCACUUGCCGACUGCGGGCCUGAUCUUUGAUAGUCGACAGUUAGUCUAUCUAACAGAGCAUUUUUGCGAUCAGGAGAACAAUCUGAAUGAGGACAUCAAAUCGUUCAAGUCUAUAAAUAGCAUCGAGGUUGCAGUUGAGAGACUGAUCCAGAGAUUAAUCUGCGGUGUGGGAAUGCUAGAUCAUAGAUUUUCAUCGAAAUUUUUAGUCAAUCUAGAACCAAAAAGAUUUUUUGGCAAGCAAACCUCACUGUCUUUCUCUUAUCUAGUGCGCCUGGACUGUCUCUCUUUUCCUGCACUGUACCCCGAUGCAGAGACGACCGGUUGCACCGUUUUCGAGGGGGACGGCGUCCCCCAAGGAUUUGCUCGGAUCAGGGUGCACGGAGAAAAUAUCGAACGAUGGGCUGAAUUCAUAAACAAUAAUGGAUUUCUCAGAAGGGAUAAAGUGCAAGAGAGAUUCGUGGAGCUCCUGGCCCAAGCAACCGCAAGAAGCACCAUUCCCGGUCCACCCGAUCAAAUCGACGAGGCAAACUUUUGCGGGAGUCCUGGAAAGAUUGUCGACGCCGGAAUAUUGCACUCAUUAUUGCAGAUCCCAGUUGAACGACAGAUGUAUUAUGCCCCAGCGAAGAGCAACGGAUGCAGGUUCCCGGACCCGCGGGACUUUCGGAUCGCCAUCGUGGAGGGGAGCCAGUGUGUGCGGCUCCGGGUGGGCUUCCUCUCGCCGGGGCUCAUGGCCAGCGAGGACGCCGAGGUCACCCUCGUCUUGGGCGUCGGCUUCAGCGGCUGGCCCGCGUCCUCCGAUUUCACCAAUCGGGCCUCCGUCGUCCACAUCGACGCCCUCCUCUUCCACCACGCCGCCGCAACGGGUUUCUACCUGGUACCGGCCGGGCCGCACCCGACGGUCCGCUGCGAGGACAAGUCGUCGGUGUGGGAGUUCCGGUUCCCGGCGGCGGAGACGACCCUGGUGAGCCACUACUCGGGCGGCUCGGUCGUCGCCAAAGUCCUCUCGGUCCUCUUCUCGGUCCUCGUCGACAUCCGCAACAAGCAGAACGGGGGCAACGUCAUGAGCAAGUACAUUCUCAAGACCCUCUUCCUCUUCCACCUGGAGACCAACGGGGCCCACUACCAGACCCCGGAGAGACACGCCGGCAGACGCCACGCCCGGCACCUGGACCGCAACGAGCUCCUCGCCGACCUCCGCCACUGGACCUACGACCAGAUCUCCCGCCGGGUCCUCCUCAUCCUCGACGAAAUGGUUGCUGCUCUCAGAACUCAAAGGUACCGCUCUUACUUCUUCAAGUACUUCAACGUGAUGAUGAACUGCCCGGGCGGCGGGACGCUGCAUUACACAGACGAGGAUUACGCUCAUGAGGCGGACUUGCUGACGUCACACCUACACCAGCUCCACCAGAUGUCCAGCCUCAACGUGACGUUCCCCAGUCUGAGCUUGCAUCUGCCGAGCGAGACUUGGUGGAAGAUCGAGCUCCAACUCAUCACGAAGUGGCGCAAUGUCCUCACCGAUCUCCUGCCCAGCAAGAAGCUGGUCGUCUGCAACAAGAAGCGCCGCUUCUUGUCCCUCGGCCGCGAAUAUGACUACGACGAAAACAGCUACUCCAAUCGGCAGCUGGAGUACAUAGGGCAAGUUCUCAGAGGACUCCUUCACGUCAAGUCUCUCAUUAUCCACCAGAGUCACCAUACCUCGAUUUGGCUUCAGACGAGCUCCGGACAAGCUGAACCGAAAUCGGAGGCGAAUGAAGUCCCCGAUCCAGCGGUUGAUGACGUCAUCUACCUCAUUUCGAUUUUGAUGGAGCAAGCGUGGAAGAUGGCCGAGCAGCGAGUCUCCAACGAAACCAACUCGCUCUGGCUCAAGAACAAAGCGCGCCAUGAUCACGAGAAAAGCAAGGCUGGUUUCCAGACAGCGGUCGAGGAGUUCUUGAAAGAGAUAAGAAGAGACUUGAAAGUAACGAACUCGCAGACGGACACGGAUCUGGUGCACUUCAUUCUGCAGUGGUUGUAUCGCGGCGCCGCCGGCAACGAGCGGCGUCUCGGGGCCGUCCUUCGUCCUUUCUUGAGGCGUCUCUUCUUGGCGUCGCACGAGAACUGUUGGUACUUGGACGAGUACGUUUGGCGAAAGAACUCAGAUGAGGUAAUGGCGCUCGGCCAGUUUUGUGAGCUCAUCUCCAACGACAACGGAGUUCCUCUCGAUGGUCUCUUGGAUGCCGUGCAAAAAGGUUGGGAUUGGGCCGAUGGAAUGUUGAACUCUGCUCUAGAAAUUAAUGGAGGGACCGAGCUGGUGUUAACUCCAAGUUCAAGAACAACCAUUCGCCUACCGAUCAGUAUUAACGCUGAUGAUUUACCUCUUAAAAAUCGACGUCUGAGCAAAUCGAAUUCAUUACGGUCCGUUGGGAUGUCAACGCUGCCUCCGAGGCCCAAGGCGACAAAAGACACUUUGAGAGGACACCUUUACCGGGAAUGCCUGAUGGAGCAGCUUCUGAUCACAUCGCCGGAUCACUGUCGACUCAGGGACUCGAGCCCGUUGACACAGGCGCUGGAAAAAAGCCGCCGGUACGGCUCUCAUCGAGGCCUCGGCAGCAUUGUCAAUGCACUCAUCACGCUCAAUAAGUUCACGAUACUGCAAGAAGUUUCCUUGUUACUGCCAGAAGAUCAGCGGCACCAGAUUCUCGACGACAUCCACAAAAUCAGCAGAGAGCGGCGGCGUCACAAACGCACCUGUAACGAGCGGAUCAAGAAGAACUCGGCCACCUUGCCCAGAAACCUGAAGCCAAAAGGGAUCGACUUCGAGAACGCCACCUACCGUUCCAUCAGCGAACUGGCCCUCCUCAACGAAACCGUGCGCAAGAGUCUGAAGAUGAGCAAACCUAAAGAUCACGAAGUCAAGACCCUGAACGAGAACAACGCUCUGAGAGCCUCCUUCCUCUCGCUGUACGAGGACUUGAGUAAAUCGGGAACCCUCUUGGGCACCUGCCGCUUGGCCCGGAGCCGCAACACGGAGAACAGCUUCCUCUACAACCCGUCGGCGUUCUACGAUGCUCCACCGUCUUUCUACGAGAACAUCUCCAACAAUCUAGCCAACUACUCGUCCAGGUCGCGGCUCUACUGCAACCCCCUAUCGCAGCCCUAUUUGCAGCUGACCCCGGACAAGACUCUGUGUCUAUCGUCCGGUUUCUCGUCCGAGGCUGAGAUGGAAUCCCUGGGAGCGUCCGCUCAGUAUAUGCGCGGCAAGGAUGGAGUUGAGCUCAAGUCGCCAGAGAAGGAGAUGGUCACCAAACUGUAGACUGAAAAAAAAGGUUUUGACUACGCUGUCGUUACAGCGGAGAGAGCCGUAAUUGGACUGCAUUUUGCAAUUUGGAACUACAAAUUCUGGCCCGGUUGAAAAACAACGUAU